CUCCAACUCACCCUUCCAGUCACCAUUGUCAAUCAUCUCCACCAUCCCCCCCAUCCAUCGCACAGACUCGAUCGGACGCGAUCACACCUCCACCUCCACAACAACAGCAGUGAAGGCUAGAGCAAGCAAGCAACACCCCGCAUUUACGGAACAAAAAACGCAACCACACCUUCAGCACCGCGAUAAACCUCUUUCCACAUGGGUGUCACAAAACGCGCCGGGCGCAAAAAGGGCGCCGCGAAAGACGCCGACUUCGCGAGUGCGGCACCGUCGGGAAAGUCCUCGGGAGUGCGCAAGGCCGCGUUCGAAUCCACCAAGAAGAAGGAGGUCGGCGUGUCGGAUCUCACGCUCAUCUCAAAGAUCACCAACGAGGCGAUCAACGAGAACCUCAAGAAGCGGUUCGAGAACAAGGAGAUCUACACGUAUAUCGGCCAUGUGUUGAUCUCGGUCAAUCCGUUCCGUGAUCUCGGAAUUUAUACGGAUGAGGUUCUGGCGAGUUAUCGAGGGAAGAAUCGGCUGGAGAUGUCGCCGCAUGUCUUUGCAGUUGCCGAGAGCUCGUAUUACAAUAUGAACGGAUACAAAGAGAACCAGUGUAUCAUCAUCAGUGGUGAAUCUGGAGCCGGAAAGACCGAGGCGGCGAAGCGGAUAAUGCAGUACAUCGCGGCGGCCUCGUCGACCUCGUCGUCGACGAUUCAGCAGAUCAAGGACAUGGUUCUUGCGACCAAUCCGCUGCUGGAAUCCUUCGGGUGCGCGAAAACGCUCAGAAAUAACAAUUCGAGUCGGCACGGAAAGUACCUCGAGAUCCAGUUCAACUCGCAAGGAGAGCCUGUUGGUGCCAAUAUCACCAAUUACCUGCUGGAGAAGAAUAGGGUUGUGGGACAGAUUCGGGAAGAGAGGAAUUUCCACAUCUUUUACCAGUUCGCGAAGGCUGCUAGCCAACAGCACCGAGAACUGUUUGGCAUUCAGGGACCCGAGUCUUACGUCUACACCUCCAAAUCCGGCUGUAUGCAGGUACCGGGGAUCGACGACGUGGUGGAUUUCCAGGAGACCCUGCAGGCGAUGCAAAUCAUUGGAUUAUCGCAGCAAGAGCAGGACCAGAUCUUCCGGAUGCUGUCCACCAUCCUGUGGCUGGGGAACAUCCAAUUCGCCGAGGACGACAACGGCAAAGGUGCAAUUGUCGAUCCUUCGGUUACAGACUUUGUCGCAUACCUACUCGAGGUCGACGGCGCGGCUGUGAACAGGGCGCUCACGUUGAGGAUCAUGGAGACGAGUCAUGGCGGACGGAGGGGAAGUGUCUACGAGGUGCCGUUGAAUCCAGCGCAGGCGAGUUCCGUCCGCGAUGCACUCGCCAAGGCCAUCUACAACAACCUCUUCGAGUGGAUUGUGGAUCGCGUGAACCUGGCUAUGCAGACGCAGGGUGGCAUUGUAGCGAACUCGAUUGGAAUCCUUGAUAUCUACGGAUUCGAGAUCUUCGAUACCAACUCGUUCGAGCAGCUGUGCAUCAACUACGUCAACGAGAAGCUCCAGCAGAUCUUCAUUCAGCUCACCCUCAGGACCGAGCAGGAGGAGUACGAGCGAGAACAGAUCAAAUGGACGCCGAUCAAGUACUUCGACAACAAAGUUGUGUGCGACCUGAUCGAGGAGAAGCGACCACCGGGUGUCUUCGCUGCACUCAAUGAUGCCUGCGCCACGGGACAUGCGGAUCCAUCCUCCGCCGACGGAGCGUUCGUCCAGGGACUGAAUAGGCUCGGAGAUCACAAGCACUUUGAGAAUCGGUCGGGCCAGUUCGUGAUCAAGCACUACGCCGGUGACGUGCACUACAGUGUUCCGGGUAUGACCGAGAAGAAUAGGGAUCAGCUGCUCAAGGAUAUCCUUGAGCUUGUGGCAGCGAGUGCGAACCCUUUCAUCAAAACCCUCUUCCCGCAGCAGAUCGACAGGGACAACAAGCGACGGCCGCCAACCGCCGGUGACAAGAUCAAGGUUUCCGCCAAUGACCUCGUGCAGACCCUCAUGAAGGCUCAGCCGUCGUACAUCCGCACCAUCAAGCCCAAUCAGAAUAAGAGUCCCACCGAGUACGACGUUCCGGCAGUCCUGCAUCAGAUCAAGUACCUCGGUCUCCAGGAGAACGUGCGAAUCCGUCGUGCUGGAUUCGCCUACAGACAGUCAUUCGAGAAGUUCAUUGAGCGCUUUUAUCUGCUCUCGCCCAAAACCAGUUAUGCUGGAGAUUUCACGUGGACUGGCGAUUCCAAGUCCGGUGUCUUGCAGAUCCUGAAGGACACAAGCAUCCCGAAGGAUGAAUGGCAGAUGGGUGUCACGAAGGCGUUCAUCAAGACCCCCGAGACACUUUUUGCGCUUGAGACCAUGAGAGAUCGGUACUGGCACAACAUGGCGACCCGCAUCCAGCGUGCGUGGAGGAACUAUCUGCGGUACCGUGCCGAGUGUGCCACCAGGAUCCAACGGGCAUGGAGGAAGAAGCGCGGUGGAGAGGAAUUCUUGAAGCUGCGAGAUCAAGGGCAUAGGCAGCUCAGCGGCAAGAAGGAGCGGAGAAGAAUGAGUCUCUUGGGAAGCCGACGGUUCAUGGGCGAUUACCUUGGGGCCGGCAAUAGGGGUGGCCCCGGUGAAAUGCUCAAGAACACUACCGGUAUCAGCGCGGCAGAAAAUGUGGUCUUUAGCUGCAGAGGCGAGCUUCUCAUUUCAAAGUUGGGCCGCAGUAGUAAGCCCAGUCCUCGGGUACUCAUCUUGACGAACCGCGCUUUCUAUGUUAUCUCUCAGGCUGUGGUCAACGGCCAACUGUCCAUUACCGCGGAACACAAUAUUCCUAUAGGCGCCAUCAAGUUCAUCGGUAUGACCAACCUCCGCGACGAUUGGUUCUGCCUGGGAAUUGGAUCUCCUCAGGCGCCUGAUCCCCUGAUCUCUUGUGUAUUCAAGACUGAGCUCAUCACUCAGUUGAACAUCAUCCUCAAGGCUGGCAUCGAGAUUCGGAUCAAUCCUACAAUUGAGUACUCGAAGAAGCCAGGCAAGAAGGCGAUCGUCAAGUCUAAGAAAGAUCCCACGGUCCCCCGGGACGACCUCUACAAGUCUUCGACCAUUCACGUUGGACCCGGUGAACCGCCGAACUCUACCAGUAAACCCACGCCGAAGGGUAAGCAACAGCCGGCGAAACCGAUCACCACCGGCAAGCUACUACGACCAGGUGGGCCCAAAGGUGGAGCAGGGAACAGUCGGCCGGCCGCUGCACGACCGCUGCCCCAGGAACAGCGACCUACCCCUCAACCAAUCGCCAACGUCGCUGUUCGUCCGGCACCAGCGACAUCUCACGCUACGCCUGUCCGGAAACCCGUCGCGCCGACAGUCACGGCAGCAGUGGCGUCACACGCACGGACACCCUCAACAGCCUCGACGCGGCCACCACCGCCACCUCCACCUCCACCUGUCGAAGCUCCCCCGCCUUCGGCUGACCCAAUGUGCAAAGCCAAAUUCGAUUUCGUCGGCUCCACCAGCCAAGAAUUAUCGGUGGCUUUCGGCGAUGUGGUAGCGCUCCUCCAGAAGAACGAUAACGGCUGGUGGCUGGUCAAACGGCUCGACUCCAACGCGCAAGGAUGGGCACCAAGCGAGUACCUGGAGGAAGUCGCCCCGCCCCCGAAGAAGGCUGCACCACCGCCACCCAAGAGACCGAAUAAGCCCCCGGCGCCGCCGAAGCGGCCCGGUGUUGCCGGAACGCCAGAUCGGAACAGUGCUACCGGCAGCUCGGGGGCGAGUACGAGUGGAGACAGUUUUGCAGGCGGGUUGGCCGAGGCUUUGAAGCAACGGCAGGUGCGCAUGUCGAAGAAGGACGACGAUGAGGAUGAGUGGUAGACUUGCUUAGAUUUGAUACUUAUUCGCUUUUCGCUUUUCGUUUUUUUGGGCACCGCGUGCUGGAUUACAUAUACAUAUCUAUUCUAUUCCGUUGCUUGGUCGUCCCUAUUGGGAGUUUGUUUGGAUUUCCUAGUGGUUUUGUGGGGAGGGGAAUUCUUCUUUUGCUUAGAUUUUUAGCGAUGCUGCUCUUGCUGCUGCGCUGUGUUGCUAUGUUUUUUUUUCCUGUUUUUAUCGCGUCUCUCGAUGUUGAUGAGUUGAAUUGGACUAUAGUUGUAUCC